GCUCCUCCUCCCGUCUAUUCGAGAGACUGUGAGACAGGACAAGAUCCAGAAAUGGUGGAGGAUAACAGGAAAGAAACAAACAUUUAAGCUGAGGAGGAAGACAAGUCCCAGGCAAAAGGUCAAGGCGCACCCGUGUGAAGUGUUGCUGUGACUGGGCGGUUGGAAGGACGCGUAGGCAUGGAGAACGAGCAGAGAGCUGCAGCCUCCGUGGCCAGCAGCGCUGGGACAGGCAACCUGAGCAGCACCACGGCAAGCGUGUCCAGCACCGGCAACGGGAGGCCAGCGGUGCCACAGAUAUCCGUCUACAGCGGCAUCCCUGACCGCCAGACUGUCCAGGUGAUCCAACAGGCCCUGCACCGGCAGCCCAGCACAGCUGCGCAGUACCUGCAGCAGAUGUAUGCAGCCCAGCAGCAGCACCUCAUGCUGCAGACCGCCGCCCUGCAGCAGCAGCACCUGAGCAGCGCGCAGUUGCAGAGCCUGGCCGCCGUGCAACAGGCCAGCAUCGUGGCAGGGAGACAAAGCGUUACUCAGAAUGGCUCUGCCCCCCAGCGGGCAGGAUCCUCGCAGACCACGAUUAAUCUGGCCACCUCACCAGCAGCUGCCCAACUGAUGAGCAGAGCUCAGGGUGUCAGCCCCGCCCCCACAGGGAUCUCCCAGCAGGCCGUGCUCCUGGGCAAUGCCCCCAGCCCCGCCCUCACUGCCAGCCAGGCCCAGAUGUAUCUGCGUGCCCAGAUGCUCAUCUUCACCCCCACCGCCACCGUCACGACUGUGCACCCCGAGGCUUCCUCGCUACCUGCUGGUCAACAGUCUUCCUCUGCUCAGGUUCAGAACCUUGCCAUUCGCAGCCAGCAGGGGGCAUCCUCAGCCUCUCCCUCUCAGGCUCAGCUUCAGGCAUUGGGCCUUAAACAGGCCUCCGGGGCCAUGCAGAACUCCCUCUCUGUGCAGCCUGCAGCCCAGCUGAAGAAUCCCAGCUUGGGGGCUCAGGGUCUGGGAGGAAAAGGCAGCACACACGAGUCCAUCACAGAAGGUGGAAAAAAAGCAGAGGGCCCCAGUGAGCUGGCGCUGCGGGGGGUGGCUGUCAGUCGCAACGUGACUGCUGUCAGCAGCCAUGCCCUCCUCACCCCAGCCUUUGCUCAGAUCCAGCCGCACCAGCUGCUGCAGCAGCACAAGCAGCCGCAGUUUGUGAUUCAGUCGCAGCCUCACCAGCGGAGUCCAGCUCAGGCACACCUCCAAGCCCAGGCAGUGCAGGCGCUGGCCCUGCAGCCUGCUGUGGCGGCCCCCCCCCAGGGCCCCGUCCCUGUGCUCCCCAAGCCGCCACUGCCGGCCCUGCAGGCCGCCGUCUUUCACUCCACCGUCGGCACCCAGGCUCUCGCCCAAAGCAGCCAGACCCCAACAGUGAGCCCAGCCAGCCAGCCGACAGCCCAGCCUGUGCAGCUGACAGCGGUCAACCUCCAGACUCUGCCGGUGCCGAGCCCGGCUGUUCAGCCAAAGCAGGACGACAGCAGCAAAGAGCAGCUGGCCGCUCCGGAGCCUCGUGCCCAGAUACCCACAACUCCUCCCCAGCCCCUGGAAACCACAACGGAGCAGAACAGGCCGGAGCCUAACGGACCCGCGCUCCAGGCAGAAGGUACCGCUGCCGGUGACAGGGUGAAUGCGCAUCCAGGUGUGGGCUCUCCUCUAGCCAUGACCUCGGGAAAUGGAAGCAAUGCGCCGUCUGUGACUGGGAGCACGCCCCAGAAUGCGGAGAACAAGCCCCCCCAGGCCAUAGUGAAACCCCAGAUCCUCACCCACCUCAUCGAAGGCUUCGUCAUCCAGGAGGGAGCCGAGCCCUUUCCCGUCGAGAGGCCGUCACUGCUGAUCGAGAACCUGAAGAAGCAGAAGCAGCAGUCGCAGCCUGACCUCGACAACCAGCAGGAGGCGCUGUUGAGCGAGGCGCCCGGUAGCCCCGAUUGCAACAUGGAGACUCUGCCACAGCAAGAGCUGAAGGAGCAGGAGGACGAGGCCACGCUAAAGUGCGAGCUCUGCGGACUGGUGGACUUCGCUUAUAAGUUCAAGAGGUCGAAGAGGUUUUGCUCCACGUUGUGCGCAAAAAGGUAUAACGUCGGCUGCACCAAACGAAUGGGUCUUUUCCAUCCCGACAAAAGAAAGACAGAAAAGCACAAAAAGCGCCGAUCGCGGAGCAGCAGCCUGCAGAGUCUGAGCAGCGAGGCCAAGAAGCAGGCUCCAGCCCCACCCCAGCCCUCCCUGGUGGGGUCUGUGACCUCCCCUGUGCCCCCUCAGCCCGGACAAGGAGAGUCUAGCCCCUGCUCCGACAUAUCCAGCUAUGGGGAGGCCCCUUCGCCCUUGUCUGCUGCCAGCUUAGGGCCCCCCCGACCCGCGGCGGAGCGGGCGCAGGACCAGGGGGCGAGCCAUGGCAGAGAGCUGCCCUUCCUCAUGCAGCACUUCCUGCCCAGUGACCCCACCAAGUGGAAUGUGGAGGAAGUGUACACCUUCAUACACUCCCUCCCAGGCUGCCAGGAGAUUGCAGAGGAGUUCCGCUCGCAGGAGAUCGACGGCCAGGCUCUGCUCCUGCUGAAGGAGGACCACCUGAUGAGCACCAUGAACAUCAAACUCGGCCCGGCGCUCAAGAUCUACGCCCGCAUCAGCAUGCUGAAGGACUUCUAGCUCUCCUGGUGGGGCGGGUGUGGGAACCUUCUCGCUGGUUUGGCACGGGGGGGGGGCACCUCCACCCACAGCGACUUGGCUCCCGGCAGAUUGCCGGGAAGAGCCUGGGAUGUCCGUUGGCUGUGGGUCUUCAGAAGCCAGAAGGAUGGAUGCCCAUCAGUUGGGGGUGGUAGAUGUGGACCUACUCCACAGGGCAGGACCUGCAGGUGCCAGAGCCCCCGGAGAUUACAAAGGAGAGGGGCGGACUGAGAGACGUCCACGCAAUAUGCAGCCCAGUGGUUUAAGUUCAGUUAAAAGAACUAAAAGGACAAAUGACUAUUCAUAUAUAUAUAUAUAUUAUAUAUAAGCCAUUUUGUUCAAUAUGACAAAUGGAGAUGGCCUGUUGGUUCAUCUAUAGAUAGGGUUUCUUAUAAUUGUAAUAUAUAUAUGCUUGUGUUUUUCAAAUGAAACUUUGGUUUAUAUGGUUAUUUUUGGUCAAUUAUAUAAAAGUGUUUUUUCUAAAUGUA